CAGAUGUGCUUGUAACGAAAAAUAACAAAACGUAAUAAGUCUUCCGAGUUUAAUUUGUUUUCAGGAUUACUCUCUUUUAAAAUUCUUUUCAAUUUGUCAUGCUUUCCGUCAGUCGUUCUGCCAAAUCUAUUCAAAACGUGCUUAAACGAUUUAAGAUAAAAUCAACUUUAGUACGCAACUGUAGGAUGGUCGCAUUUGCUGGCCACACUUCAGUUUUCCCUGGCGCCAAAGCUGCGUUUGUUUCGCAGCCCGUGUUUGUAAUGCCCAAGGAUAUUGAGUCUAUACCAAUUUAUCGUGUUCUAGAUCGGGAUGGAAAAAUCCAAGAUCUUACGCAAGAUCCCAAUUUAAGCAAAGAAACUGUUCAGAAAAUGUUUCGCGAUAUGAUUUUAUUAAAUACAAUGGAUAAGAUAUUGUAUGAGUCCCAGAGACAAGGCCGUAUUUCCUUCUAUAUGACGAAUUUUGGUGAAGAAGCUAGUCAUAUAGGUAGUGCAGCGGCGUUGGAAAUCCGUGAUGUUAUCUACGGUCAAUAUAGAGAAGCUGGAGUGUUGGUAUGGAGAGGUUUUUCUAUUGAGCAGUUUAUUGAUCAAUGUUAUGGCAAUGAAGCCGAUGUGGGCAAAGGCAAACAAAUGCCAGUACAUUAUGGCUCGAAGGAUUUGAAUUUUAUUACUAUUUCCAGUCCUUUAGCAACGCAAAUGCCUCAAGCGGUUGGCGCAGCUUAUGCUAUGAAGCGGCGCAAAAAUAAUGAUGCGUGCGUUGUUUGUUAUUUCGGGGAAGGUGCUGCUUCUGAGGGUGAUGCUCAUGCGGCUUUCAAUUUUGCAGCCACAUUGCAUUGUCCUGUAAUACUUUUCUGUCGCAAUAAUGGCUUUGCUAUUUCGACUCCGGCUCAUGAGCAAUAUAAAGGUGACGGUAUAGCUGGGAGAGGUCCCGGUUAUGGAAUAGCAACUAUACGCGUAGAUGGCACGGAUGUUUUUGCCGUUUACAAUGCCAUGAAGUUGUGUCGAGAAUAUGUUUUGAAAGAAAGUAAACCGGCAGUGUUGGAAGCAAUGGCUUACCGAGUCGGUCACCAUUCGACUUCUGACGAUUCGACAGCAUAUCGUUCAUCUGCCGAAAUUGAGGUGUGGAAUUCGGUCGAGCAUCCAAUUUCCAAAUUGAAAAAUUACAUGGUUAAAAGAAAUUGGUUCAACGAAGCAGAAGAAAAUGAAUUUGUUAAAGACAUACGUAAAAGAGUAUUAAAGCAAAUUUCAAUUUCGGAGAAAAAACUCAAACCUAACUGGAAAGAAUUAUUUACAGAUGUUUACAAUGACGUUCCAUUGCAUUUACAGGAACAAAUGAACGAGCUGAAGCGGAAUAUUGAAGAGAACAAAAGUUAUUAUCCCGUUAAGAAUUUUAAAGUCUAAAAAGCUCAUUUUUUCAAUUAUUUUUCACUACCGUGAAAGAUUCCUCUCGUUAAAUUAUUUAAAUAAUUGGUGACAAAGUGUUUUACGUAUUUAUUGUUUUGUAAUAUUAUUAGUAUGCGAAUACGAAUUUAUGCAUUGUAAUGAUUAUUGUAUAGCUAAAAUUAAUUCUGUAUCUUAAUUUUCUUUUCUCCUUAAAUUACGUAUAUUAUUGUUUGUUAUGUAGUCGAAUAUUCAACUCAAUAAGACUCACAGAAAGUGCAUUUAUUAGUAAAUUAAGACUUUAAAAUUGCAUAUAUAUAUAAAAUUUUUAUAAUGAACGGACUUGAUAUAUACAGUUUUCCUUGUUUUUUACAGUAAUGAAAUAUUUAUAAUUGUACACCCGAAAGUUCAGAAGUUUGUUAGACGUGUCGGUUAAAAAUGUAGUUUUUUUUUUUAUAUAUUUUUAUUUUGGAUAUCUGUAAGGCGCAGUAUAUACAAUUUUCGAACGCUAUAUUAAAUCGAGCCUUAAUUAACUUCCAAUGCAGAAUCAGUCAAUGUUCGCGUCUUCCUACUAUAAAUCACAGGAGAAAAUGGAACAGUGCUAAGGAGACAAAUGGUGAAUUAGGGUGAAGUGCUAAUAAGUGCUCAGUUAAAAAUUUGUUUGCCGAAUUCCAUUCUUCUUCCGGUCUUGACAGCAAGCUUUUCAAUUCAAUAUUUUAGCGAAAAGGUUGAAUAUAUAGCAAUCACCUGUUUACUGCCAUGUGGAGAAAGUAGGGGAAGUCGAAAGUUGAAAAAAAAGAAUUUAUGACUCGAACUAAGAAACAAUUUCACUACUGGGUGCCAAGACUUCGUAUUUGCUGACUCCUUAUGUAAUUAUUUGGUAAUUAGGAUGUAAAGGAUUUCUUUAAAACAAUUUUUUUUAUUUUGCCGUGAAAAAUUUUCCAAAUUCAAAUCUUUUCUUCUUGCUUUAAGCAAACUUAUAAGACGACAUGAGAUGUGGGACGCCAUGUAAUUAUAUUAUGUGGCAUCGAUUAAUGGAAAUUUAAGCAGCUUUACAUGACGAGGUUCGUAAAGCUGUGAUCAGCUGUGAGGAGCUGUUUACAAUUUAGGAAUUUCAAAGCCCAACAUACUUCAGACACCAUACUGAGCUACAUGACCACCUUACUAAAUUAUGCUCUUGCUGAGAUCGGGAAGCCACGGUGUCCUGCGAGAGAUCAGGAAACCAGGAGGAAAAAUUUAAGAAAGAUAGGAAAUUUAUGCUGAACAAAUAGUACAUAUGAGCUUCAAGAAAAUUGCCUCUAGAAUCCUUCGAAUAAUAAGUAUUGUUGAGAAUCAUAGACUUGUCUAAGUGAAAGUAAGUUAAGUAACAGUUGUGUGCUUUGCGCGGAAUAAAACAUGUGACCUUUUAAGACCAAAGAAAUGUUUAUCUCUGUUAACAAACAACUGCGUACUCAAUUUAUGUUUUAAUGUUAAAGCCGCAAUAAUAAGGCA